AUGACAAAUGUCAAAAAUGCAGCGAGUCCUACCGUACCAUCAUCAACAGGAGAUUCAGUGUCCACGCAACCAUCGCUGACAUCUGCUCAGAAUCAAGCAGGAGCCGCCACCGGGCAACCACCGUAUCCGGUCGGUGCACAACCUCACCCACAACCACCGCAGAAUCCGAAUUUUGUGACGCAGACACCUCUGGGUUCACCCCCACCACAUCCUCCUCCUCCGCAUCCAUCUGCUGCGGUAGGACCGCAACCAGCCGGAACCAUACCAGCAACAACACAAUCACCGUAUUCUGAGCCACCACCGUCGUAUCAGGCAGCGAUGGCAUAUCCGGCGAAUGCCAGUACGUUUCCGUCGAUGUGGGAUUCAUCAAACGCGCAUCCGAAACCAAACGAAGGCGGCGCUGUGCCACCCGGCUAUACCUCGUAUCCCCCUUACAAUCAGCAAUUCCCAGCACCCCCACCACCAAUUGCAGGUGAGCAGUGA